GCUCGAUGCAUCGCGUCACAGCGGAAGGAGCGAAGGGGCAACCAGGGGAUCCUGACGGCCUUCUCCCAGCUGGUUUUGAACACCUGGGGCGUCAGUCUACAGGAAGCCUUCGCCCACUUUGAUGUGGAGGGCAGUGGGGUGAUCUCCUUCGACAACUUCGCGCAAGUUGUGGCCAAUGACCUUGCAUACGAGGGUGCGGCCAAGGACCUCUGGGACAUCCUCGAUGUACAAAGCAAGGGCUACCUGGAGGAGGAGGAGUGGUCCCAGCUCGGCGCAUCGGAG